GCUACCCUUUCCAGCCUCCUGUACAGGGUGGGGCCAGCCCAACCAGGCUGCUUCCCCCUGCUGCCUGUGUGCCGUCAGCUUCCACGUUGUCUUAAGGUCACUAAAGUCCAAGAGGCCUCCUGGGAGUGUGUCACCUUCCAACGUGGAGUCACACUGGGAAGGAGGCGGGGAGAGGGAGCCGCAGGGGCUUUAAAAGUGGGGCUGGCUUUGUCUGCAGCCAGUUCCAGAGCGACACAGGGGAACGAUUUCUUCUCACUCGGGGAAGCAUCAUCCAGUGUAGCCGAGGCUGUCGCAGCCCAGUGAGGAGCCCAGGAUGUUCCUGAAGGCUGUGGUGCUCACCCUGGCCCUGGUGGCUAUCACUGGCACCCGGGCUGAGGUCAAUGCGGACCAGGUGGCCACUGUGAUGUGGGACUACUUCACCCAGCUCAGCAACAACGCCAAAGAGGCUGUGGAACAACUCCAGAAGUCGGACAUUACCCAGCAGCUCAAUACCCUCUUCCAGGACAAACUUGGGGACAUGAACACAUAUGCAGAUGACCUGCAGAAGAAGCUGGUGCCCUUUGCCGUAGAGCUGAAUGAGCGCCUGGUCAAGGACACAGCCAAGGCAAAGGAGGAGUUUCGAAAGGAGCUAGAGGACCUACGUGCCCGCUUCAUGCCCCAUGCCAACGCCGUGGGCCAGACGAUCGGGGAGAACGUGCAGAAGUUGCAGGAGCACCUGAGACCCUAUACGGAGGGGCUGAAAACCCAGGUCAGCACGCAGGCACAGGAGCUGAAGCAACAGCUGACCCCCUACGUCCAGCGCGUGCAGACCACACUGCAGGAGAAUGUGGACAACCUGCAGGCCUCGAUGGUGCCCUUAGCCAACGAGUUCAAGGAGAAGUUUGACCGGAACGUGGAAGAGCUCAAGGGGCGCCUAAACCCCCAUGCCAGUGAGCUGAAGGCCACGAUCGACAGGAACCUGGAGGAGCUGCGCAGCAACCUGGCCCCCCUCGCCGAGGGCAUGCAGGAGAAACUCAACCACCAGCUGGAGGGCCUGGCCUUCCAGAUGAAGAAGAACGCCGAGGAGCUCCAGACCAAGGUCUCCGCCAACGUCGACCAGCUGCAGAAGAAACUGGCCCCGCUGGUGGAAGAUGUGCAGAGCAAGCUGAAGGGCAACACCGAGGGCCUGCAGAAGUCGCUGGAAGACCUGAACAGCCAGCUGGACCAGCAGGUGGAGGAGUUCCGGCGCACCGUGGAGCCCUUGGGGGAGAUGUUCAACAAGGCUCUGGUUCAGCAGAUGGAGCAGUUCAGGCAGCAGUUGGGUUCCAGUUCGGGGGACGUGCAAGGCCACUUGAGCUUCCUGGAGAAGAACCUGAGGGAAAAGGUCAGCUCCUUUAUGGGCACCCUGGGGAAGAAGGGGAGCCCAGACCAGCCCCUGGCCCUCCCCGUCCCCGAGCAGGUCCCGGAGCAGGUCCCGGAGCAGAUGCAACCCAACCCCCUGGAGAGCUGAGCUGUCCCUGGUGCCCCCGACCCAUCACAGCAGCAGACACCUGCCCUGCCCCACCACCUGUCUGUCAGUCUGUCCCUAAGCACUCCUUGUACCAGUUUGAGGACACGUGUCCUGCAGGAGAUGAUGCCUCAUCUCGCUACUCAAUAAAGCUACUGAGAAAUUA